UCUCAAAUGUUUGAAGGUUAUGUUGAUUUAGAGCCUAAAGUUGCAAAUUCUUGUUAUUUUCCUUCUACAGAACCUAUUCAGAUUGAUCACAGUCCAACUUAUUUCUCCUUACAGGUAACUUUCCUCAUUCAUCAGUUCUUGAAAUUUUUCUUUAUUGAUUUCUCUGUGUUUUUUAAGGAAAUCUUGGGAGAUACCACUGAUGCUGAGAGAGAGGUGUAUGGGAAAAUCUUGCUGUAUCUGAAAGAUAUGAAAUCCUUGGAGAAAGUCGACCAGUUGAAGAAAUGGAUUGCUUUCAGAUUGGAAAUGGAUCAUUAUGAAGCUCGUUUUUGUACGACAACUUGGAUCACUCCUUUUAGGGGGCCUUCAGUGUUUGAAUUUACAGAUGAUUAUGAAUAUGUGGACGUGAUGAUAAGGAAAGACAACAUAAAUGGAGGCCAACCUAUUCGAUUAAUUGUUGAUAUAGAUUUUAGGUCACAGUUCGAAUUAGCGAGGCCAACAUCAAGUUAUGCAGAACUUAUAAACUCUCUUCCUUUGAUAUUUGUUGGGAUUGACAAAAAGCUGGAAAAGUUAAUUUCUUUGGUUUGUUCUGCUGCCAAACAGUCCCUUAAAGAGAGAGGUCUUCAUAUUCCUCCAUGGAGGAAACCUAGUUACAUGCACUCCAAGUGGCUCUCUGAAAAUUGCCAAAGGGUCUCAUUUGCUGAACUAUGCCUCUCAAAAUAUAAAACUAGAAAUAUAAGGUUUUUCUAGUUUUUUUCUUUUCCUUUCUUUUUAAGUCUCGUAGUUGUCACGUUUAUGAUUGACAUUCGAGUUCAAUGGUUU